CGAGCGGGAGCGGCGGCGGCGGCGGCGGCGGCGGGAGCGGCGGGAGCGGCCGAGGCGGAGCGCCGGGCGAUGGCGGAGAAGUUUGACCACCUGGAGGAGCACCUGGAGAAGUUCGUGGAGAACAUUCGGCAGCUCGGCAUCAUCGUCAGCGACUUCCAGCCCAGCAGCCAGGCCGGGCUCAACCAGAAGCUGAAUUUUAUAGUGACUGGCCUACAGGAUAUCGACAAGUGCCGACAGCAGCUUCAUGACAUUACUGUGCCUUUAGAAGUUUUUGAAUAUAUAGAUCAAGGUCGAAACCCCCAGCUUUACACCAAAGAGUGCCUAGAGAGGGCUCUGGCCAAACAUGAGCAAGUGAAAGGCAAGAUUGACACAAUGAAGAAAUUUAAAACCUUGCUGAUUCAGGAACUUUCUAAAGUGUUUCCGGAAGACAUGGCUAAAUAUCGGAGCAUCCGGGGAGAGGAUCACCCCCCCUCCUAACUGAAGACGGCGGAGUCCUUUGUGGACGGCUGGGGCUGAGCCAGCAGGCGGGGGGUGGUGGCGGUCGCUGUGGGCAUCCCCUUCCCGACCCUGGGGAUGGGCCCCGCCCUCGGCCCGGGCCCCGCCCUCGGCCCCGGCCCCGCUGGCAUCUGGACUGCGGGCUGGAGGAGCCGCGCGGCUGCACCCAGCCGCCGCCGCCGGUGCUCCAAGCUCUCGUUCUCUCCGCGGCGACCGGGGCAGGAAGCAGUCUCGGAAAUAGUAAACACGAUUACAUUGUACUUGUAUUUUUCUUUUUAUGUUCUCUUCCAUGGUAUCAGAAAGCUGAAAACAGUUGGUUUUAUAUUUUACAUGUGUAACUUUGGGUUUCAGUUUGAUGCGUAUAUAUAAUAAAGUGUUUUAAGGAUUCA